AUGUCAGGCAUCGAUAAACAAGACAUUGUCAAGCUCGUCAUCCAGUUUCUGAGAGAAAACAACCUCAACCAAACUCGCUCAGUCUUGGAGCGAGAAUCUAACCUCUCACUAAACACUGUUGAGAACAAAUCCAAGUUUUUGCAAGAUAUUAUAGACGGCCGAUGGGACAUUGUGCUAAAGCAAGUGAGCCAGCUGGGCAUCUCGAAUGAGAAGCUGCUUGAUUUGUACCAACAGAUCACACUGGAAAUGAUUGAAAUUAAUGAACUAAGCACAGCAGAAAUACUGCUUCGAAAAUCAAAUGUGAUGCGUUUAUUGCUAGAAGAGCAUCCCGAAAGAUACCAAACCAUCGAAGACUACCUAGAGCAAGCACCUAUCACCAAGACACAAUACACAACGGAAGAGAGGCGUUCAGCUGUAGCCAAAGGUCUAGACAAGGAGAUAUCGGUGGCACCAGGCAGUCGAUUACUCACUCUAUUGGGCCAAAGCAUCAAAUGGCAGCAACAUCAAGGCAUCAUCAUGCCAGACUCGACUUACGACAUUUUUAAAGGCACUGUCCAAGUUCACAAAGCAGAGGAAGAUGUGUUUCCUUCCAAACCAUAUGUAUCCAUCAAAUUUCCAGGCAAAAAGACACACGCUGAGUGCGCCUCCUUUUCUCGCAACGGACACUACCUGGCAACAGGUUCUGUGGAUGGGUUCAUAGAGAUUUGGAACUACUUGACAGGCAAACUACGAAAGGAUUUGGCAUACCAAGCCAAAGACAGCUUGAUGGCCAUGGAUAAAUCAGUGCUGUGCGUUCAGUUUAGCCACGAUAACGAGCUGCUGGCGUCAGGGUCUUUGGAUGGUAAGAUUGCUAUAUGGAAAAUCAAGUCUGGACAGUGUCAAAAGAGGAUUCCUGCAGCACACACAGAGGGUGUGACAUCCAUCAGCUUCAGCCGCGACAGCACACAAGUCUUGACGGCGAGUUAUGAUCAGACGAUUAGAAUACACGGUCUCAAGUCAGGCAAGAUGCUUAAGGAAUUCAGAGGACAUACAUCAUUCAUCAAUGCAGUGAUCUACAGUACUGAUAAUACGCGUGUGUUGAGUGCCAGCAGUGAUGGCACAGUCAAGAUCUGGGACGCAAAGACAACCUCUUGUCUACACACAGUCAAUCCUCAGCCCAAGAUUGAAAAGGACCAACUCAACCCUAUAGGUGGCCUCGGCAACGCGUCUGUUCAAACCAUCAUGCCUAUUCCUAAGCGCCAGGACCAAUUCCUGGUUUGCAACAAAACAAACACUCUAUUCAUUAUGUCCAUCCGAGGCCAGAUCAUCAAAACACUCACGCACAAUAAACUGAAAGGCUCAGAUUUCAUCACGGCAUCCACAUCGCCUCAAGGGGACUUAAUCUAUGGUAUCGCUGAAGAUAAGCACAUGUAUGCUUUUCAACUGACAACAGGUGAUCAAGUGGGCAACGUCAAAGUGUGUGAGAACGAGGUCAUUGGUAUGGCAAGUCAUCCCUUGUCCAAUGUGGUGGUCGCCUACGAUGAUGCUGGUUAUGUCUUGUUCUUUAAAGCGCCUUAA